AUGACUACCUAUACCAUCAAUGAGGCGGAGCUGAAACAGCUGAAGUCUAAGACCAUUCUAGUGACUGGAUGCUCUACCGGCAUCGGUCGGGCAACUGCUCAAAUUGCACAUGCAAAUGGCGCGAAUCUCAUCCUUGGAGACUGGAACCAAGAAGCUGCCCAGGCAUUGAUCAAAACAUUGGGUUUCCCCAGCAAUGUCCUCUUCCACAAGACUAAUGUUGCGAAUUGGGAUGAUGUAUUCGAUCUGUUCCAAGCCGGAUCCGAGAAGUUUGGUGUGAUCGAUGCGGUAAUAUCCAACGCCGGUGUCACUUCCGGGGAAACACUCCUGAACGAGGCAAUUAAUGCCUCGACAGGCAGACUGCAGCCGCCAAAACUCGACUCAAUUAAUAUCAAUCUUAUCGGUCAUCUUUUCGUAAUCCGAUGCGCAGCGGCCACAUUUAUUGACGCCGCGCCUUUGAGCCUGUAUGCCACGUGCAAGACCGGUCUCCUUGGAUUGAUGCGAUCACUUAAGAGUAUCUUGAUCCACAGCAACAUCACUAUUAAUAUUAUUGCGCCGUGGGCGACGGCAUCAAUCAAUUUCGAUCGAACAUUCUUCGACGAAAGAGACGCGACGUUUUUUUGCGGUGCUAAUAGAACUGAGCCGUCAAGGAGAUUGCUUCCCUUCAUUGCCGCUGAUAAGGCCGAAUAUGGCUUAGGGACAUCCAAGUUGAUCUGA